AUGAGCAGCAAGCGCUCCAGCAGUUUCCGACGAGCCAUCGCCAAUGGCCGCCGCACGCUGCAGAGGGAGAUCCUGCUGGACGAGACGGGGCUGGGUCUGUACAAGCGCUUUGUGCGCUAUGUGGCCUACGAGAUCCUGCCCUGCGAGACGGACCGGCGCUGGUACUUCCACCAGAACCGCCUGUGUCCGCCGCCCAUCUUCAUCGCCAUCGUCACCAUUGUCCAGAUCAUUGUGUUCAUGUGCUACGGCAUCAUGUUGAACAAGUGGGUGCUCCAGACCUAUCAGCCCGACUUCAUGAAGAGCCCCCUGGUCUACCAUCCCGGCCACCGUGCACAAGUGUGGCGCUUCUUCAGCUACAUGUUCAUGCACGUCGGUUUGGAGCAGCUGGGCUUCAAUGCUCUACUGCAGCUGAUGAUCGGCGUGCCUCUAGAGAUGGUCCACGGCAUCUUACGAAUAAGUCUGCUCUACAUGGCAGGAGUGCUGGCCGGCUCACUGACAGUGUCCAUCACAGACAUGCGCGCUCCAGUGGUGGGGGGCUCCGGGGGGGUCUACGCUCUGUGCUCAGCGCAUCUGGCCAACGUCGUCAUGAACUGGGCCGGGAUGCGCUGUCCUUACAAGCUGCUCCGCAUGAUCCUGGCACUAGUUUGCAUGAGCUCAGAGGUGGGCCGUGCCGUCUGGCUCCGCUUCUCGCCGCCGCUGCCGUCCUCCGGGCCGCAGCCCAGCUUCAUGGCCCACCUGUCGGGGGCCGUGGUCGGCAUCAGCAUGGGCCUGCUGAUCCUGCGCAGCUACGAGGAGAGCCUGCAGAAACAGUGCACCUGGUGGGUCAUCGUCUUCUCCUUCAUCACCUUCCUCCUCUUCGCCAUCUUCUGGAACAUCUUCGCGUACGAGCUCCUGGGGGUACAGAUCCCACCGCCUCCCUGA